UACGAGCUCUCUCCCUUCGCCCGCGCUGCGUCCCGACCCUCGCCCGCCUUCCGCAUCCGAGAGGAAACUUUGAACGCACUUUGAACUUACAUAAUUUUGGUCUUAGUCUUGUGGCUAACGUUGAACUUGAGUACUUUUAGUCCGGUGACUGACUAUGAACUUAGGUACUUUGGGUCUUGUGACUAACUUUGUACUUAGAUACGUUAGUCGUAUGGCUGACUUUGAAGUUAGGUACUUUUGGUAUUGCGACGAAUUUUAAGUUUAUGUACUUCUGGUAUUGUGACUAAUACUGAACUUAGAUAAUUUUUUGUCGUGUGACAUUCAUUUCACAGGAUAGAUGACUAGCUAUCCACGGAUAAUGACUCGUAUUGGUGCUAACUGCGACCAACUGAUUGAUAAUUUCCGUUACGAAGACGAACGCAACCUGAAUGUAUCUCAUGCAAUACGUGAUACACAUUGAUACCCUGAAUUUAGAAAUGCAGUUUAGGUGAAACUAUUUUUUAACUAGACGAAAGACCAAGGGGAUAUCUCUCAAAAUAAUAAUAUACUUAGAAAAAAACACAAAGAGUGUAACACAGAACACAGUGCGCGGAAGAUAUGUAAAAAAAUAACAGCUAAUACAAAGACGUUCAUCUUGAAAUACACACGCAUUUAGAUGGAAAUAAACCUGUUUACCCAAACACUCUUGUAAUAGAAAACGAAGAAGAAGUAGGUACAAGGAACUACUCAGUCCAGAUUCAUAAAAAAAAAGAGAAGAAAAAAAUAAGUGUAAAGUCUGCUCAAACAUGAAUAGACACGGAGAUAAGAAGAAAUUCAGAACUCAGAGCACAGACAGCGUGCAUUCGACAGCAGAUAACACCUCCCCGCACCCACGCCAAAGGAACCCAGCCCACACGGCAUAACCAGCGAACUCAGUGGAAACACACGAAUUAUAAAUCAAUCCAUAACAGACACUAACAACGGCCACCCCGCUCUGCCACUCGUCAACAACAGCAAAAAACAACCGCAGCGAAUUUCAUCACCGGGGCCGUUACUAAAUGGAAUACGACCAAACACGAGGAACCUGAGUUCAAGACAGACACACGCGAAGGAGAGAGCGAGCGAGACAGGACACGCGUCGCCCCCAAGACCACACUCCUUAAAGGGACGCGACGGGGGUGCCAUGACACUCUCCGGCUCUAGGGCCUCCGCCUCCCCCCUGAAGAGGAUGGUGUCACCAGGGACGUCGCUCCGAGCCCUUAGGGAUUUGUGCCUUUGACGACCCUUCUCUCGGACUCUGUUAUCUCGAACGAAUGACUACCAUGGAUGGGAAGGUCGUCCCCCCUACCCUGCCCACGUUCGGUCACUCGACGGUCUAUGUGUACCCGACAAUCUCGCCGAGGGUCGUGGUGGUGCCAAUCCUCUCCUGCAUCUUCGGCUUCCCUGUCCUCGUCCUGUUGGUGAUCUGCGGCCUGCGUUACAGGGCGCGGCGGGCGAGGACUGCAGCCAAGAAAUCCCAUGCCAGCGUCGAGCCUUCCCUUAUGGAGUUGUCUUCAGGGCCCUCCAUUCUGUCGGGUCGGUGUAGUAACGGCAAAGGCCCGAGGCCGAAGAAGAGGAAGAAGAAAACAUUAGUCAGGUUCAAGCCGAUGCCGGAGAUCGACCUCGACACCGUGGUGGAGGAGAAGUCCGAGUUUGACGCCGAGGUCACGGCCUCCGACCUCCUGACGACCCCCGAGGAGUUCGUGAUGCCCGAGGACAACACCCCCGCGUCCUUUAGGGCUUACCGCUACAUGGGCGUGGUGCACAGCAGCGCCCCGCCCGCGCCGCCCGCGUUGAGGGCGUCCCCCAUGAGAAGCCCCCGCUCGAGCCCCGCCCUCGACCACCUGGCAGAGGAGUCCGCGGACGGCGCCGGCGACAUGACCAUGGAGGUGCGGGAGGGCUGCAUCAUCAUGACGGACUGCUCGGAGGAGCCGGGCGCGGACGGGCGCUCGGAGGAGUCGCUGGCGGGCAAGGACGCCGGCGCGGGCGAGGGCGGCGGCGGCGAGGUGGUGGGCAGCAGCGGGAGCAGCGACAGCGACACGGCGGCCUGCUUCUCCCUCUCGCCUAAGCAGGUGACCAAGUCCCCGACGGCGGUGCACCUCGCCCUCAAGAAGCUCGACGGCGUGAUGAAGAGGCGUCACUCCAGCCCUGUCAAGGUCAACCUGGCCAAGAGCAAGCAGCAGCAGCAACAGCAGCAGCAGCAGCAGCAGCAGCAGCAGCAGCAGCAGCAGCAGCAGCAGCAGCAGCAGCAGCAGCAACAGCAGAAGGCAGGGUCGGCCAAGGUGCGGCGCAGCCACACCAUGGAGACCGAGGGCAAGGCGCUCAAGAAGAUCAGCUGCGACUACAUCGACCGCGAGCUCAUGCCGGACCUGUCGCCGCGGGCCAACACCGUCAAGUACCGGCGCCCGGCGUCGUUCUCGAGCAAGCGACGCGGCGAGUCGCUCAAGGUGAAGACCAAGAGCCUCUCCAAAAGCAACCCGCACGUGCUGGCGCUGCCCGACGGCCAGCCGGGCGCCCACGAUGCGGAAUGGGUCUCGGCCACGCGCUCCGUGCAGAACCGCCUCUCCCGCUGCGACCUGAACGAGUCCAGCGACCACGACGACGAGGACGCCGACGAGGAGGCGAGCACGCCGACGUACACGCAGAAGAAAAACGCCGUCAACGACGCCAACGACGCCGAGUGCCUGGUCACGCCGGCCUGGGGCUGUGCCAUCACGGUGCACAGCGACAGCGGGUGCGACGUGGAGAGCCCCAGGGCAUGGUCGGUCAACAGCCCGCGGAGAUCCUCGUGCCGCGGCGAAGGCGCCCCGAAGGAGGCAUGCCCGGCCGUGGCGCUCAGCUCGGAGGACGAGGUCGUCAAGUUCACGACUCACACCAAUUACGCCCUCAAGUACCGGCAAGAGGACGGGCAGGCGCCGGGGGCGUGCGGGCGGUGCGCGGACGCGGACAACGAAAGAAGCACACUCGUGUGAUCCACCGCCUCGCAGCCACGUCAGAUCUUUUGCCGACGGACGCUGCGGCGAGAGGCGUCGCCCUCCGGAGUGCUGCCAUGUGAACGCUGCGUCGGAUCUUGUGGUGCGUAAGGGCGCCCUCGCGGUGCUGGAGAGACGGAAGAGAAGGAGGCGGAGGGAAUCAACUAUGCUUCGAUGUCCUGAUCAGUUUCGUUGCCUCAUGAACUCACUGUCUAUUUGAUUUAUAUACAUACAUACGUACAUA